AUGGCGUCGAGUUCGGACGAAGGCGAGAUCGUCGAGAACGCCGCUAAAGAUUUGAAGGCAACUUCACUGCAGCAUACUGGAGGAAGCAGUGUUGACCGUCAAGACAGAAACAAAAGUAGACUUUCCACUCCGGAUCACGAUUCGGCUUCUAGAUACAGCAACGGGUCACGACGAAGCAUUUCACCCCGUGGCUACAAGCGAUCGCACGACGAAAGAGACAGGGAUAGGGAUCACUACAACUCCAGGCCUCGCGAUCAAGGCUAUCGCCGGAACUACGAGGAUGCGCGACGUGACGACCAUCGCAAGCCGCGAGGACAAUACGAUGACCUAGAUCGACCUGCAUCGCGCACUUCAAAUUUCAGCUACGGGGGCCGCGAUCGGAGCCGCGACCGAGACAACUACCGCGAUGGAGACCGAGAUCGGUUUUCCAACAAACGACCUCGAAACAGGAGUCGCUCUCCUCAAAUAUCUCGACCUUCGGAUAGAGGCAGGUUUGAUCGUUUUGUCAGAGAAGGCCAAUACGAUCGUCGCGACGAUGGGCCGAGGGAACUUAAGUAUGACGACAGCUCGAGAAAUGGCGGUUCUAUGUCCAAGAGGACGACUGUAGGAGAGGCUUCACGCGCCGAAGGACAUCAUGCUAAACCUGAACAAGGCCUUACAAAUGGACAUGGCACUUCCAAGGCUUCUCAGCGGGAGCCAGCAGCUCAGAAGGAACCCGAACGAAAACCGGAACCUGAGCCAGAGCCCGACUACGAAGAGCCUGAGCCUUUUGACGAAGAAGCUGAAAUCGAGCGACGCCGCAAGCGACGUGAGGAGAUCCUGGCUAAGCACAGUUCUGCGACUCCUCUCCUUCUCCAUGCUGUAGGUGCUGCUGCAAGUAAAGCUCACGGAGCUUCUCCUGCGUCCACCGCCCCCGACACGCCCAUGAGAGCACAAUCCGACAUUGAAAGCCCGCGCACUCCCCGAUCAGACAUCGCUUCACCACGCUCUCCCGGAUCACAUACCGAAAUGUCUCCUGGGGGCAUCAACUUCCUCGAUGACAGGAACCUGAUGAACAGCCACGGGAAGGCUCAGCCAGACGAGGAGGAUGGCCCCUCGGCCGCUGACUACGAUCCUACUGGAGACAUGAAGGAGGAUGAACGACGACAUGAGCUCCGCCACGGAAACGUCGUACUUCAUGGUGAGCAGCAUCCCAUUGCAACGGAACAACAGCCACAGGAAGAUGUUCAGAAAGAGUCUACCGAAAAGACCGGCGGUGAUGAUGACGAUGAUGACUUCGAUAUGUUUGCGGAAGACUUUGACGAGGAAAAGUAUGCCACAAAACCUGUCGAGCCGGUCGCGCCUAUCGAGGGCGACGGCAAGGCCCCUGAUGUCCCAGCUAUCAAGGGAGGUAUUCUCGAAGGUGACGACAAAGAUGGCUACUACAAGAUUCGCAUCGGUGAAGUCUUGAAUGGUCGGUAUCAGAUCCAGGCAGCACUGGGAAGGGGUAUGUUCUCAGGGGUAGCCCGUGCCGUCGACAUCACCACGAAGGAGCUCGUCGCCAUCAAGAUGAUGCGAAACAAUGACGCCCUCCGAAAGGGAGGAUACACAGAGAUUGCUAUUCUGGAGAAGCUCAACGAGGCCGACCCUGAGGGACGCAAGCACAUCAUCAAGUUUAUCCGCCAGUUCGACUACAAGGGCCAUCUGUGCAUGGUGUUCGAGAACCUGAGCAUGAACUUGCGAGAGGUUUUGCGGAAGUUUGGUAACAAUGUGGGUAUCAAUCUUGGAGCAACGCGAGCAUACGCAUACCAGAUCUUUGUCGCUCUCGCGCACAUGCGAAAGUGCAGUAUCAUUCAUGCUGAUCUCAAACCGGACAACAUCUUGGUAAACGAGAGUCACAACGUGCUCAAGAUCUGUGAUUUGGGUACGGCUAUCGACAAGACGGAUGCGGCGACAGCGCACAUGGAUGUCACUCCAUACCUCGUCAGUCGAUUCUACCGAGCGCCGGAGAUUAUUCUGGGCAUUCCUUACGAUUACGCCGUCGACAUGUGGUCCAUCGGCUGCACGUUGUAUGAGAUGUACACCGGCAAAAUCCUCUUUGCUGGAGACAGCAACAACCAGAUGCUCAAGGCAAUUAUGGAGAUUAGAGGAAGGCUAACGCCGAAGCUGUUCAAGCGUGGUCAACUAUCGCCAGCUCAUUUCGAUGACAAGGGACAAUUCGUCAGCAUCGAACGAGACAAGGUUCUCGGAAAGGUAUGUUGUGAUUCCAUUCACUCCCUCCACGUUGUUUCUGUUGUUGUUUUUGCCAUCACACUCCUUGCAUCUGCCUACAAGCGCCAUAUGGCCACGCUCUUGGUGGCCGCCCACGCGAAGCUUAUGCUAUUUUUGCCACAAUGGCUGGGGGCUGUUCCAUCAUGGGGCUCUGCGAGCGUAAGCGCCUAG